AUGGAUCCUCCUACAAUCACUGCAGUACAGGUUACAUUACUUGAACAAUUGGGCAUUCAACUCACAAUGGAUAAUGAACCGACAACAGAACAACUGGAGAAACCCCAAUCUCCACCAAUCAUUGAGACUACUCAAAAUGAGUCUACUGAGGAAGCUAUUACUCAGCAAACUAGAGAUACCAAAGAGAAGAACACAAGAAGAGCCACCAUUAAGAGUGUAUCCCCUGAACCGACGAAGCAGAAACUACUUGAUGAUGAUGAAGAUUAUUCAAAAGAUCAAUCAGCAAAACAUGUAGAAGUCAAUUCUUUGGGAGAAAGUAGAAUGAAGAGUGAUGUAGGUGUGGGUAAAGCUGAUAUAAAAGAUAAAGUUGAGAUCCCUCUGGUGCCUGAAAAGGAAGUAGUUGCAGAAGAAAAUGUGGGGAAGAAAGAGAUCAAGGUUGACGUUGGAACUGAACCAAGAGAUACUAUAGAGAAUAUGAAAGACGUAGGGGAGAGAGUCAGUCGAGGAGGGGAGGGUGGAGUCAAGGAAGGAGGUGAGGGAGAUGAGAAAGGAGGUGAGGGAGAUGAGGGAGCAAAGGGAGAGGAUGUAGACAUUGGUGGAGACACUGAGUCUAUCAGCAAUGCGGAUAGUGAUGAUUCCUCAAAGUCAUCUAGCAGUGAGGAUGGAGAUGAUGAUGAGGAUAUGCCAAAGCUGGAGGAUGUACCUAUUGCAGAGGGUGGGAGAGGACAAGUGGGUGAUGAGGACGAUCCGUAG